AAUACUUUUAUUCAUUAUUUUUCGAAUUCCGGAUCCGAAAUGAAAGCAUUGCACCUGCCUUGGAUUUGCAUAUUUCUUGCAGCAAAAACAUCGGAGUCGCUUAUAACAGAUCAGAAAUAUGAAAAUCCAGUGAUAGUUGUUUGUGCCAACCAAUCAUCGGACCAAGAAAUAAACAAUUUGAGACAGCAGUUGAAUCAAGAGACUGUAAUAAGGUUAUCACUCACGAGACAAGUGUAUUCCUUGGUGGAUGAUAUGAUAACAAUGAAAAAACAGAUGGCGAAAAUGGAAGCUAGAGUACAGGAAAUGGAAAAGAAAGAGGAUGAUCUUCAACUUGCGAAUCAAAGACAGCAGAAGGAACUAGAUCAGUAUCAGAGGAUGGACAAUACUAUUGAUGAUAAUUCUGCACAAAUUGGAAAGAUACAGAAAGAUCUCCUUACUUUGACUUCAGCUGUGGAUGCCGUUUGCAAUGGGACAGGUACGGACAAAAGGGCAGUUGUAUUCAAUGCAGCCAUCAGCAAAACAUUAAAUCUCCAACGCAACACUCCAGUCAAUAUUGUGUAUGACACAGUUCUAUAUCAAACUGGCAACGAAUAUAAUCCACGGAAUGGUUUCUUCACGGCACCUUCUAGAGGUCUUUAUGUAUUUUCGUGGGCAACUUUGGUUGCAACUCGCAAGAUAUUUGAUACAGAACUUUUGGUUAACGGUCAGCGAAAGGGUUUAGGAAAUUGUAAUAAUGAAGGCAAUCCUGGCGCCGGAAACUGUGCAAAUACCAUUCCUGUAGUUCUAAAAUUUGGAGACGAAGUUAAUAUACGUACAACUACUGCAAACUAUGUCCAUGGAGAUCUGUGGUCAAGCUUCAAAGGGUGGAAAGUUUGGUAAAACCGAAACAUUUUCUGAAUUAUACCUUCAAAAUGGUUUCAUUGGAUAUUUAAUGUUUUACUGCUUGAACAUUUCAAGUAAGAAUGUCCUCAGGAUCAUAGAAUGUAAAAAAAACUCUUUCAAGUCCUAUUUUCUUCAUUCAGAUUACUAAUUUAUGUCUCCUUUAACGAAAGGAGAGAAUAAUAUAUAGAUUUUGGCUUGGUUGUCUUUCUUUGCCUGUUUGUUUAGAUGUCUGUCGGUAUUUAAAUGACUGUGUGCGGAACCCUUGGUAUGGUUAUAAGCUUUAGUUUGUUGUUGCCCCAGACCUAAGAUGCGUAAUAAUCUUGACCGAAGAUCUUUUAUUAAGCGUAGAAGUCAAAGGGAUAAAAUAGUGUCAGACUACAUCUCUUGAAUCCCUGGAAGAAUUAAAAGUUGAGUAUUGUUGCUGAUGCAUUAAAGAUUUAUCUUGAACUUGAUCUCAAGUUUGGGAUUGAAGAAAUAUUUAUUUUUGUGUAGAAAUUGAAAAAUCUGUUCUUUUGUUUUUAACACAGAUGUAUGCAUUUUUUUUUUUCUACUUUCUGAUUUUCGAGUGUUUGCAGAAAUUAAUAUUCC